GGCGGUAGCGGCGGGCGGCGGGGGCCUGUGACCGGGAGCCGCCCCGGACCCGGGCACCAUGAGCCAAGGCCCCCCCUCAGGGGAGAGCAGCGAGCCCGAGGCGAAGGUCCUCCACACCAAGCGGCUUUACCGAGAUGACACGUCCCUCUGGCGCUUCUCAGCCAUCCAUGGUGGCGCUUCAGUGGCCUUUUCUCGUGGUGUCUGGAGUCGCCUUCUGGCCUUAGACAAGAAAGAUAGAAGCUACUACUUGCUGAGUCUGCAUGUAUGAGGCACCAUCAUGAGUGCUUCACGUAUUCACUAAUUUAAUCCUCGUGCAGGGGCCGUAACUGUGCUUCCAUUUUGUAGGUGGGAGAGCUGGGACGCAAGGAAGUUAGCGCUUUCGCCCAGCACCCAGAGCCUGUCAUAGCAAACAAAGAGUCGAGGAGACCUUGCGACUACGCAGGCCGUGGUGGAGGCUGUGCAUCGACUUGACCUCAUCCUUUGCAACAAAACCGCUUAUCAGGAGGUGUUCAAACCAGAGAACAUUAGCCUGAGGAACAAGCUGCGCGAGCUGUGCGUCAAGCUUAUGUUCCUGCACCCAGUGGACUAUGGGAGGAAGGCCGAGGAGCUGCUCUGGAGGAAGGUAUACUACGAAGUUAUUCAGCUCAUCAAGACUCACAAGACGCACAUCCACAGCCGGAGCGCCUUGGAGUGCGCCUACCGGACACACCUGGUCGCUGGGAUCGGCUUCUACCAGCACCUGCUUCUCUAUAUCCAGUCCCACUACCAGCUGGAGCUUCAGUGCUGCAUCGACUGGACCCACGUCACCGACCCCCUCAUAGGAUGCAAGAAGCCAGUGUCUGCGUCAGGGAAGGAGAUGGACUGGGCACAGAUGGCGUGCCACCGGUGUCUCGUGUACCUGGGGGAUUUGUCGCGUUAUCAGAAUGAACUAGCUGGCGUAGACACCGAGCUGCUAGCCGAGAGAUUUUACUACCAAGCCUUGUCAGUAGCUCCCCAGAUUGGGAUGCCCUUCAACCAGCUGGGCACGCUCGCAGGCGGCAAGUACUACAACGUGGAGGCCAUGUACUGCUACCUGCGCUGCAUCCAGUCGGAGGUGUCCUUUGAGGGGGCCUAUGGGAACCUCAAGCGGCUGUAUGACAAGGCAGCCAAGAUGUACCACCAGCUGAAGAAGUGCGAGACGCGGAAGCUCUCUCCCAGCAAGAAGCGGUGUAAAGACAUCAAGAGGUUGCUGGUGAAUUUCAUGUACCUGCAGAGCCUCUUGCAGCCCAGGAGCGGCCCGGUGGACUCAGAGCUGACGUCGCUCUGCCAGUCAGUCCUGGAGGACUUCAACCUCUGCCUCUUCUACCUGCCCUCGUCCCCUGGCCUCAGCCUGGCCAGCGAGGGCGAGGAAGACUACGAGGGCGGCUAUGCUUUCGUCCCGGACCUCCUCGUCUUUCAGAUGGUCAUCAUCUGUCUCAUGGGCGUGCACAGCUUGAAGAGAGCAGGGUCCAAGCAGUACAGCGCAGCCAUUGCCUUCACGCUGGCCCUCUUCUCGCACCUCGUCAACCACGUCAACAUACGGCUGCAGGCGGAGCUGGAGGAGAGCGAGAACGCAGGGCCUGCAUUCCAGAGCGACAGCACAGAUGAGCCCUUGGAGAAGGAGGAGGUGCCAGGCCCCGAGCCCCCUCCCGCAGCACCUCCAGCAGGUGAGGUCAGAAAGAGCCGGAAAUUUUCCCGCCUCUCCUGCCUCCGCCGCCGUCGCCACCCACCCAAAGCAGGAGAUGACAGUGACCUGAGCGAAGGCUUUGAAUCGGACUCCAGCCACGACUCUGCCAGGGCCAGUGAGGGCUCGGACAGUGGCUCUGACAAGAGUCUUGAAGGUGGGGGAACGGCCUUUGAUGCUGAGACAGACUCAGAAAUGAACAGCCAAGAGUCCCGGUCAGACCUGGAAGACAUGGAGGACGAGGAGGGGACACGGUCCCCGGCCCCAGAGCCUGCUCGGCCUGGGUCAGAGGCUCCCGAGUCUCUCAAUGGCCCCCUGGGCCCCAGUGAGGCUAGCAUUGCCAGCAACCUGCAAGCCAUGUCCACCCAGAUGUUCCAGACUAAGCGCUGCUUCCGACUGGCCCCCACCUUCACCAACCUGCCCCUCCGGCCCCCGGCCGAAGCCCCUGCUGCGGCUGGCUGCAGGCCCUGCGUCAACGGAGAUGCGGACAAGCCCUCAGAGCCAGCCUCCGAGGAGGGCUCCGAGUCGGAGGGCAGCGAGUCCAGCGGGCGCUCCUGUCGGAACGAGCGCAGCGUCCAGGAGAAGCUGCAGGUCCUGGCGGCUGAAGGCCUGCUUCCCGCCGUGAAGGUCUUCCUGGACUGGCUGCGGGCCAACCCUGACCUCAUCGUGGUGUGUGCGCAGAGCUCUCAGAGUCUGUGGAAUCGCCUGUCUGUGUUGCUGAACCUGCUGCCAGCUGCUGGCGAGCUCCGGGAGUCUGGCCUGGCCCUGUGUCCCGAGGUCCAAGACUUUCUUGAAGGUUGUGAAUUGCCUGACCUGCCCUCCAGCCUGCUGCUCCCAGAGGACACGGCCCUUCGUAACCUGCCGCCUCUCCGGGCGGCCCAUCGUCACUUUAACUUUGACGCGGAUCGGCUCUUGCUUAGCGCCUUGGAAGAGUCGGUCGUGCGCACCUGCUGCAUCCGCAGCUUCGGGCACUUCGUGGCCCGCCUGCAAGGCAGCGUUCUGCAGUUCAGCGCGGAGGCGGGCAUCUUCGUCAGCAUCGCGCCGUCGGAGCGGGAGGGCGCGCUGCAGCAGGCGCAGGCGCAGUUCCGCAUGGCGCAGGAGGAAGCCCGUCGGAACAGGCUGAUGAGAGACAUGGCCCAGCUGCGGCUUCAGCUCGAGGUCUCUCAGCUGGAAGGGAGCCUGCAGCCCAAGGCCCAGUCAGCGAUGUCUCCCUACCUCGUCCCUGACACCCAGGCCCUCUGCCACCACCUCCCGGUCAUCCGCCAGCUGGCCACCAGCGGCCGCUUCAUCGUCAUCAUCCCGAGGACCGUGAUCGAUGGCCUGGACUUGCUGAAGAAGGAGCACCCAGGGGCCCGGGAUGGGAUCCGGUACCUGGAGGCAGAGUUUAAGAAAGGAAACAGGUACAUUCGCUGCCAGAAAGAGGUGGGAAAGAGCUUCGAGCGGCACAAGGUGAAGCGGCAGGACGCAGAUGCCUGGGCCCUGUAUAAGAUCCUGGACAGCUGCAAACAACUGACUCUGGCCCAGGGGGCGGGUGAGGAGGACCCCAGCGGCAUGGUGACCAUCGUCACAGGCCUUCCACUGGACAACCCCAGUGUGCUCUCAGGCCCUAUGCAGGCAGCCCUGCAGGCCGCUGCGCACGCCAGUGUGGACAUCAAGAAUGUUCUGGACUUCUACAAGCAGUGGAAGGAGAUUGGUUGAGAUGGACCCCCACGCCCGACAGUGGGGCUGCGUCCAGAUCUCUCCUGCCCUCCCUGGCAGCCAGGACCACCACCUGUAGUCACCCCAGCACACGCAGACGCACGCACGCACGCACGCAGGAAGGAAGCCCAGCCGCGCAGGCCGCAGGGAGGGCCCGGGAGCCACAGGGAGGGCCCGGAGCCGGCUGAGAGGGCGGUCUCCCUGUCGCCAAGAUGACGUCAGGAAAGUGAGGGAAGUGCUGGGAGCAGGAGAGGCCUGGGGGCCCCCAGCCAGCCCUUCUGCCUUAGCCCACCGCUGUCCCCAGGGACAGGGGCAGGCGUGGGCAUCUGCGCUCCAUUGGAGUGCUUCGUGGACCUCUGAGGGGAAGGGACAGCAGAAGGGCCCCUCUUCUCACUCAGGAUGCAGGGUGAUUGGCGCCUGGAGUCUGCACCCUCCGGCGCUGGGGGAGAAUUGGGUAUCACCAGACAUAUGGGUAGUUCUCUGCGGACCCUUCCCUUCCUGGAGGACCGCCCGUCCUCUCCCUAUGUGCAGGCAAGGCAGCUCUGGAGCCUUGGGGACUCUUCUAGAAGAGGGGCCUGGAGCUGCCGGCACCAAGAGCAGGGCCAGGGCUCGCUCCCUCCUGCUGCGGGGACCGCACACCCAGCCGCCCCACUUCUGCUUCCGCUCUGCGUUUGCCUGGCUUCCAGGGCCCCGAGCAGGUCACUCUGUCUGUUGGCAGUCUGGCCCGCAGGCCAGGGAGGGUCCCUGGGGCCCCCAGCCCCACAGUGGUGGUGCUUGCUGGGGGGCAGAGUGUGAUGCUGAGAAGAGGAGAGGGGAGCGGUGGGAGGCCCCGGGAGAGGCCUGCGUGGAGGUGGGCCGCAGGAGGGAGAGGCCCUUAGAGCUGCCCGGCCAGGGGCUGCUGGCCCAGUGGGGUGGAGUGUGGGGUUCACUUGCGCGUAGCAAGGGGCGAGGCGAAUGUGGGAGCCAGGAUCGGGAAUUGCUCAGGGCAGCGGGCUUUGCAGCGGGCACAGGCUGUCCGGAAGGCUCUGGCCAGGAAUGCCCUGGCCCCUUGCCCUGGGGCUGGCCAGAAGCUCGGCCAGGGGUAGGGGGUGCCGGGGGUCUCGGCUCUGCGCCCCCCCACCCCAGCGCUAGCCUAGCUUCCCAGGCUGUUCUCAGAGGAAAGCAGGCUUUUUGCCUCCUUCCUCUAAGACAGCACGUCUGGGACAACCUGGGGGCAGUGGGGUCACCCCCCCUCCCAGUCCCUGGCAAAGACUGAGACUAAAGCGUCACUUAAUAAAGACCCCCCGAAGCCCAA